CGGCUGAACACUGUUUUAUGACUUUAUCUAUAAGCCUUUCAACUUCAACAAGUGAGAAGCAACGACCGGGAUCUCCUCUGCUUCACUCGAUCAUCGCCUCGGACGAAAGUGACACAGUACAGUAGCAGCAGCGAUGUCAGGGCCUCAAUGCUGUGAAAAUCCACCAACGUUGAACCCAUCAAGUGGAGUUGGGCAUCUAGAGAAAGUGGCUGGCCUCGAUUCCUACGUCGCCGGCUCUCCUGAUUCCAAGUCCGCCAUUGUUUUCGUCUCCGAUAUCUUUGGAUACGAUGCUCCGAAUUUGAGGAAGUUUGCAGACAAGGCUGCAGCUGCUGGGUACUAUGUGGUUGUUCCUGACUUCUUCUAUGGAGAUCCUUACGUUCCUGAUAACGCAGGGAGGACCAUUCAAAUCUGGUUGCAAGAUCAUGGAGCGGCGAAGGGAUUCGAGGAUGUCAAGCCUGUCAUCGAGAGCCUGAAAAGUAAAGGCAUCACUGCAAUUGGAGCGGUUGGUUUUUGCUGGGGUGCCAAGGUAGUGGUUGAACUUGCAAAACAAGACAGCAUCAAAGCCGGGGUGUUUUGCCAUCCUUCAUUUGUCUCGGUAGACGAUAUAAAAGAGGUGAAGGUCCCCUUGGCAAUACUAGGAGCUGAGAUUGACCAGAUGUCUCCACCAGCUGUCAUCAAACAGUUCGAAGAGAUCCUAGCUGCUAAGCCUGACGUCGACGCGUUUGUGAAGAUUUUCCCUGGAGUUUCUCAUGGAUGGACUGUGAGGUACAGCAUUGAAGAUGAGGCCGCAGUGAAGGCUGCUGAGGAGGCUCAUAAGGAUGCAUUGGAGUGGUUUGCUAAGUAUGUCAAGUGACUGCAGAAAGAACCACUCAUGCUGUGCUUUGCUGGGUACCCACUAUUGUCUAUUGUUAUCAGAAGUCUCGUGAUUUUACUCGGAAUCACAUUGUUCUCUUGUCUGCUCCUGUGUAUGAACUUGGGUUGUAUUGAGGUGGUCUCCUAUCUGGCUUUUGUGAAUAUGCAUCGACAAUAAGGAGAUUUGCCAUUCCUGUUACUUUGCAUUUGAAAUAAAUGGGGUGAAUUCUAAGGUUAGUUGAUUACUAAAACUACUUUCACACUACUUGAU